AUGGGUCUUCUGGCCCUUGGAACUGCUUUGGAAUGGCCCGAGGCCAAGAAGAAGGCCGGUCAGGUUCGCCAGUGGGGCAUUGAGCAACUACUGGCAAAUUGGCGACGAGCCAGAGGCAAAGAAAGAGACGUUCUACUGUGGGGUGAUGAGGUCGAAUAUCUUGUGGUAGCAUUCGACGACACAGCCAAGAAAUCACGGUUAUCUCUGGCCCAGGCUGAUAUCCUCAAGUCCCUUGCGCGGGACGAAGCCCUGUGGAAGUCGGGAGGCAGCAGGAACGGAGACAACGGGGAGCACGAUGGGGAGGAACCCCCGCAUUUCCACCCCGAAUUCGGGCGUUUCAUGCUCGAGGCCACACCGGGGAGCCCUUGGGGUAUCGGAUUCAAGGAUUUAUUGAAGGUAGAAUCCAACAUGAAGUGGAGACGAGAGAUCGCCAAGGCACACAUGGCGCCGAACGAGUCCCCCUUGACCCUGACGACAUUCCCGCGAUUGGGAACAAAGGACGAUUAUAUUCAGCCAUACUAUCCUCCCUCGGGACCAGCGCUCCGUUCGCAAUUUGUCCCCGAUGAGAUCGCCAAUCCUCAUAUUCGAUUCCCUACAUUGGCAGCCAACAUCCGAUCUCGGAGAGGUCGCAAGGUAGAAUUGAAUGUGCCCGUGUUUAAGGAUCUGAAUACUCCCUCGCCAUUCAAGGACCCUUCUGUGGAUUACGACCUUCACAUAUGGCCCGAGGAUGACGAUGUCCGCAACGGUGCCGCCAAGGACGAUCACGUUUACAUGGAUGCCAUGGCCUUUGGAAUGGGCAGUUGUUGCUUGCAGAUCACCUUCCAGGCAAAGAAUAUGACCGAAGGCAGGAGGCUUUAUGACCAAUUGAGUCCUUUGGGGCCGGUUCUUCUUGCUCUCACUGCCGCCACGCCAAUCUAUAAGGGAUUCCUUGUGGAUACCGACGUGCGAUGGAAUCAGAUCAGCGGAGCUGUGGAUGACAGAACCCCGGAGGAACUUGGUGAAGCUCCCCUCAAAAACGAUCGAUGGAGGAUUCCCAAGUCUCGGUAUGCUUCAAACUCAACUUAUAUCUCUCAAGAUCCUCGGCUGCGGAAGGAGUACCUCGACCCGGAUCUGGUCGUCGAUGAAGACAUUAAGAAACGAUUGAUUGAGGGAGGCAUGGAUGACCUACUUGCCACACACUUUGCACACCUCUUCAUCCGCGACCCGCUGGUCAUCUUCUCUGAAGACUUAGAGGAACUCGACCUUGACAAAGACAAUCAUUUCGAGAACCUCCAGUCCACCAAUUGGCAGCAUAUGCGAUUCAAGCCCCCGCCUUCUGGGAGCGACAUUGGCUGGCGUGUCGAGUUCCGGCCCAUGGAGAUCCAAAUCACAGACUUUGAAAACGCAGCGUUCAGCAUCUUCAUUGUCCUCAUCACCCGAGCAAUCCUCAGUUUCGACCUCAACUUUUACAUUCCUAUCCCCUUAACCACCGAGAACAUGGAGACGGCCCACGCUCGCAACGCGGUUCUCGACAAGAAGUUCUACUUCCGUAAGGAUCCGUUCCCGCGACGAGUGCCCAGGACUCCCCAGCAAUCGACCAACGGCAGCACAUUCUCAUCAGCUACCUCCUCAGCCGUCAAUACCCCGCCACCUUCUCCUCCUCUCGGCCCUGUAGAUACCGAGUACGAACUAAUGAGCAUCUCGGAUAUUAUCAACGGUGGUCCAGACGGGUUAUUCCCGGGCCUCAUCCCACUUGUGGAAUCAUACCUUAACAGCGUCAACGUGGACGUCGAGACACGGUGCUUCCUCGCCAGCUACCUCGAUCUCAUCCGCAAGCGCGCCGACGGCACACUCUGGACCGGCGCACGCUGGAUCCGCGAGUUCGUCGCCAAGCACCCAAGCUACAAGCAUGACAGCGUGGUGUCCGAGGAGAUCACUUACGACCUCGUCAAAGCCGUUGAAGAGUUGACCGCCAAGGAAGGUCGGAAUGGUAGUGUCGGGUGGGAGCUCCUCCGGGGCAAAAAGAACUAG